ACCAGCUUCUGGCCGGGGCUGGACCUGAGAGCCGGAGGGGCUUGCGCGCGCGCCCUCGCCCUGUUGCGCGCUCGGUGUCACCUUGGGCGCGAGCGGGGCCGCGCGCGUACGGGACCCGAAGCCGGGGACCUUUGAGUGGCGAUGGCGGCGACGGCGAAUGCCGGGAUCCGCGGGGUGGACGGGAAGCCCCGUACCUCCCCUAAGUCCGUCAAGUUCCUGUUUGGGGGCCUGGCCGGGAUGGGAGCUACAGUUUUUGUGCAACCCUUGGACUUGGUGAAGAACAGGAUGCAGUUGAGUGGAGAAGGGGCCAAGACUCGAGAAUACAAAACCAGUUUCCAUGCCCUCACCAGCAUCCUGAAGGCAGAGGGACUGAAGGGCAUUUACACUGGGCUGUCCGCUGGUUUGCUUCGCCAGGCCACCUACACCACUACCCGCCUCGGCAUCUAUACUGUGCUUUUUGAGCGCCUGACUGGGGCAGAUGGUACACCUCCUGGCUUUCUGCUGAAAGCCCUGAUCGGCAUGACUGCAGGUGCAACUGGUGCAUUUGUGGGAACACCAGCUGAGGUGGCUCUUAUCCGCAUGACCGCUGAUGGCCGGCUUCCAGCUGACCAGCGCCGUGGCUAUAAAAAUGUGUUUAAUGCCCUGAUUCGGAUUGCCCGGGAAGAGGGAGUCCCCACACUGUGGCGGGGCUGCAUCCCUACCAUGGCUCGAGCUGUUGUUGUCAAUGCUGCCCAGCUUGCCUCAUACUCCCAAUCCAAGCAGUUCUUGUUGGACUCAGGAUACUUCUCUGACAAUAUCCUAUGUCACUUCUGUGCAAGCAUGAUCAGCGGCCUUGUCACUACUGCUGCCUCCAUGCCUGUGGACAUUGUCAAGACCCGGAUCCAGAAUAUGCGAAUGAUUGAUGGGAAACCAGAGUACAAGAAUGGGCUGGAUGUGCUGAUGAAGGUCAUCCGCUACGAGGGUUUCUUCAGCCUGUGGAAGGGCUUCACACCGUACUAUGCCCGCCUGGGCCCCCAUACUGUCCUCACCUUCAUCUUCUUGGAACAGAUGAACAAGGCCUACAAGCGUCUCUUCCUCAGUGGCUGAUGUGGCUGGGGUCCUGGAGCCAGUGUGCCAGGGCUUCCAGUCAUCACUGCUCCUGUAGUCACUGCGCCCAGGGGGCCUGGUCUCCACUGCCCCCAGCCCCUCUAUUUAUUUCCCCUCCAGUGUGGUUCUUUCCUUUGUGGUAAAGGACUUCAAUCUGUCCGA